CCAGCAGCUGUGCAGAAGGCUGGGGAUUUGUCUCCCCCUCUCUCCUGGGCUGAAACUCUCAGUCCUGGUUGUGAUUCCUGUGAGGAACAGCAGCAGCAGGGAGUUCUGGAAGCGGCAAUGGAAAACAGCUGGCGACUCUAGCAGGGCGCCUUGCGGGCACUCGGGAAUUUUGGGGCAAGUCAGUCAGAGUGAGCCAUCCCUCUUUCUUUUUCAGGAGAAAAAAAAUCUGGCCACGUUGAUUCUCGGCGAGAGAGCGACUUCCCGAGAUUGUAAUUAACAUCUCCAAGGAAAGCAAAAAAAAACCCCUGAGGCAUCGGCAUUAAUAAGUGCCUUCGUAGUGUGCCAUCCAUAUUCCACCAAAAAGUCUUAGUGGAUGAAAAGGCAAUGGGACCAGCUCAAUUGUCCUUGCAGUGUUGAUUGAGGGAUGGAUAUUAUGCAGGACACCAGGGAGAAUUCCUCAACUCUUUUUGGGAAUAGUGCAGUCCAUCUGGAUCUGGGAAGAGAGCCAGCUAACAGUAAGGGCAGUAGCCAAACAUGAGUGUACUACCACCUGUCAGAAGAGAUCGAAUCAUACCGGAUCUCCCUUCGUGUUUCACAAAAGAAGCUGCUCUCCAUACCAAGGCCACAUUUAAUCCCAGAGUGAGACGUGCCUGUCAGGAUGACCGGACAGGAACAGUUGGGUUGAAGAUUUCCAAGAUUAUUGUGGUUGGAGACUUGUCAGUUGGAAAAACAUGUUUAAUCAAUCGAUUUUGCAAGGACACAUUUGACAAGAAUUACAAAGCGACUAUUGGGGUGGAUUUUGAGAUGGAGCGGUUUGAAGUGUUGGGAGUUCCCUUCAGUUUACAGCUAUGGGACACAGCAGGACAAGAAAGAUUCAAGUGUAUUGCAUCCACGUACUACAGAGGUGCACAAGCAAUAAUAAUUGUGUUUGAUGUCAAUGACAUAGCAUCAUUGGAUCAUGUAAAACAAUGGUUAAGAGAUGCUCUUAAAGAAAAUGACCCUACAUCUGUCCUAUUGUUCUUAGUUGGGACAAAGAAAGACCUUAGCUCAGCUGCCCAGUAUAAUUUGAUAGAGAAAGAUGCCAUCAAAAUUGCCAAGGAAAUAAAAGCUGAAUAUUGGGCAGUGUCCUCUCUCACAGGAGAGAAUGUAAAUGAGUUCUUCUUCAGGGUUGCAUCAUUGACCUUUGAAGCUAAUGUACUGGCUGAGCUAGAAAAGACUGGCCCCAGGAAAAUCGGGGAUGUUGUUCGUAUCAACAACAAUGACACAAACCUCUUUAAAAAUGCAAAGAAAUCCAAGCCUAAUUGCUGUCAAUGACAGAGAGCACACUGCCAGUCUAACAGGUUACCUGUAUGUUGCACUGUAUUCAUUUUUAACCAAAGUUUUCUCACGCCAACAAAAUGUCACCAGCCACUUCCCAAUUGCCUUUAUAAUGCAAAUCAAUGUUAGGAGAUGAAAGAAUAAUGCCAUUCAGGAGAAAUGUCCAGCAAGGAACCCUGUCCAUUUGAAAAUAUUGCUGUCAAGCCUUUGCCACAUAUGUCAAUCCUGCAACAUGUCAUAAUCAUCAGUGGAAAUAAAAAGUAACACUCCCAUGAACUGCAGCUCACUUGAAUGGUCAGUUGCAUUGAACUCUGUUAUAACCAGGAAGAAAACCAUUGUUGGAGAUUUUGUGCCUUGCACUGCUGACUUAGACCUAAAAAUAUCACUUCUCCAGGACAAACAUAAAAAGCAAAGGUCUGGGAUGGAAAACACAACAAGGUACCCACUAAACUUCCUCUUGGGGAGUUUUCCUCGUUUUAUAUACAGUGCAAAACAAGAGGUGGAAAACUAGGCUUUGAGUGUCACAGAUUCUUAAAUGAGCUCAUUCAAUUGACAUCCAUUUACAACAUUAGAGAGAAAUUGGAUUAUCUCCCUUACAUGUUGAUUUUCCUGCAUUUGUCUCAACUGAGUAAUCCGUAGCCCCAAGUUCAGGACCUGGGAAAAUACUGUUUUUGACAGUAUGCAAAGACUCCACAAGGUUACACAAAGCAACACAUAUCACCAGUACUGUAUACCCAAUUGUACAGCUGAACCAAAGCUUUGUCAUGUUUGUAUGUACUCAGUGCUAAUUGAAGAACUGCAGAGAUGGAGUGUUCAAGUAUUAAGAAGAGACAUUGUUUGCAUGUAUUUCAACACCAGGAUCAUUAAUCCUGCCAGCAAUGCAAGUUUACAUACAAAUGUAAUUAUUGUGUCUAUAAUUUUGAAAUGACUCAGCUGCAUCAUUAUCAACAUAAAAUGCAAGGUAUUUCCUUCCUCUGUCCUAAGUUCUAUCCUUUUAUGACACCUGACUUGCAGAUUCAGUCCAAGUUUUAAAUUAUAAAGGGAACCAGAUAGUGACACCGCUGUUUGCUGGUUUCCAGUGGACAAAAGGAAUAGUUAACCUGUGCCAGCAACCAGAGGACACUUAGUUACACAGGUAGAGACCAACAUUAUGGGUCACUGCCCCUUGACAAAGCCCCAGGAAUUUUUGGACUCUUCCAAAGCAGGCCCAGAUGCAAAGGCAUUCUGACCCUUCCAACAUAUUUUCUUGCUCCCGUUAGAACCAGAUAUCCAUCAGAGAUGUCCUGAUGAAAAAGUCCUUAAGACUUUGCGAGCAGUUGCCUUUCAAUUGCAAAAUCAGAGAAGAUGGGUGUAACCUUUAGACAAGACCCAAUCCUUCUCGGGGAAAUCUAGUCAGGUAGCAGUGGGAGCUUUUUGGUUAAUCUUUUCAGGCUCUGUAGCAGAGUGAGCUGAUGUGACCAAUUGGUUCACUUGACUUGUCCUAUCAAGUAAUGAUGUUCUGAAACAUAAACCAAUGCACUUCACUAGAUACCCUGCUGUGUUCAUCCACCACCCAGGCAGAGGUUCCUAGAAACUUGCUGCUAAUACAGCAAUAAGCCAUUGAUCUCCUCAAACCAGUAAGUCACUCACUUAGAUCAAGGCUCAUCCGUGGCUUCAUUGCCAACCAAUGCUCUUUCACCUUUAACACUGUCACCUAACCAAACCAAAAUUCUGUUGACCAGAUAUAGGAAAAUUUACAGCAACGAUUGAAGCCAUUUAGUGUAUUGUGUCUGUGCCAGCUCAGGAAUGACUAUUCAAACUCUCCAACUCAGUUCUUAUCAUGCUGCCAAUUACUUAUCAAACUUUUUACUAAGGGAUAUUCAUCCUUCACAUUCACUCUGUCCAGUCCCUCAUAAUUUUGUACAUCUCAAUUAAAUCUCCCACCAGCCUCCUCUGUUCCACAGAAAAGAACUCUAGCCUAUCCAUUUUUUCCGAAUAGCUAAAAUUCCUUAUUCCUGACAACAGGCUGAUCAUUCACCCCUGUCCCUUUCAGUGUGAUCCUGUUUAAUACAAUAAACAGAACUCUGUGUCGUACUCAGUGUUCCCCAAUUAAUUUUGUAUACUCUCAAGAAGCUUGCUACCAUCCAGGAAAAAGCAGCUUGCCUGUUUGGCAUUCCAUCUACCACCUUAUAUACUCAGUCCUACCACUCUGAUGUGCAUUAGCUAUGGUGUGUACUGUCCAGUUGAUGGAUGACAGCAAUCCUUCAAGGCUCAUUUGACAGCAACUUCCAAACGUGUAACCUCUGCCAUCUACAAGGACAAGCUGAUACACGUGAACACCAUCAACUAGAAGCUCCCUACCAACCAUACACCAUCCUGAUUUAGAAGUACAACAGCGAUCCUUCACACUUUCUGGACCAACAUCCUGGUACCCUCUCCCUGACAGCAUUGCAAGUGAGUGUACCUCCACCACUUGGACUGAAGAGGUUCAAGAAAGUGCAUCACUGCCAUCUUCUCAAGGGGACCGGGGAUGGACAAUAACUGCUAUCUUGCCAGUGAUGCUUGAUACUGCACUUAAAGAGUAAAGUGCUGACAUAAACCAACCUCCCUUCUUUCACCUCAUCUUCAAAAAUGGAAAGUGGUAUUUCAGCAAACAACUUGGUAACUUCUAAGGUUCUGAGUUUGACUAAAUUUUAAACUUCUCCGUGCAAUGUUGCAGCCUGACAAUAGAAACUGUAGAGGUUACAAUUUUUUUGAAGAGGAUAAACAGAAUAAUUCAUAUUUAUAAAAGGGAUAAGUGCAAUUGGUUGAGAAUACUCCAAUACAGUAUUAUUCUUUCUGUACAGGUCGUUUAAAGAUAAUCCAGUUUGACAUGGCCUUAUGAUUUAAUAUACUAGUUCUGCAGCUUGCCAAAUUAUUUAUCCCAAAUUUGAGGACCAGAAUUUAAUGGAAGCUGCAGUGAGCCCAACCACAGGUAGAGAGCUGGUGAUAAUCUCCCUGUAACCAUUUCAGGGACCCCCUCAUCUCUGUCAGACUCGAUUUAAUAUGAGUCAGGCAUUUAACUAGUUGGUGAUGGAGGCUUUGGAGUCUUUGGAGGUAAUUUCCCAUUUCUAAUAGCUGCUUGCAAUUAGAGGCCAUCAGCUCUCUAUUCCUGGCAAUGCCAGUGGGAGUGUGGGACACUGCCAGUACUACAGUAGGACCCAAGAAUAGCAUCUUUUUGGAGCCCUGGAGGAAGGGUAAGUGAGGUGAGAUAACUGGGAUCAGUCAAAGAGGCCCUGAUGAGGAGAAAGUUGUGAAUCAGUGGGGUGCCACUUUAAAGGGUAGAAAGGGGACAGACAUUGACAGACUGCUACUAGUGCGGCUUUCUGUCAGGUAAGUGAGAGCAAAAUUCUCCGAACCAAGUUUUUUGAGGAGCUGCUCCUAGGUCUUUUCAAGGACACAGGAUUGCUGAUUCGUAGUGAAGAUAAGGAACCUGGGUGUGUCAUUUUACAGACUCCGAUGGCAGAGUCUCACAACACCACAGCACACACCAAAAACCUGAACCCCAUUCCUUUGCUGGUUGUGAACAAACAUUUCCCUGCGGACAGGGACUAACUGAGCUUCCCUAUUGUCAGCAUCACUAUCAUUCUAUGUACUGGUGGCAAUGCAACAUUGUUCAAUGGUUUGCUUGUACAUCAGGUUAACAAUUUUGUUCCAUUAUACAUUCUACAUCCUUACUUCUUUGAUUUGCAAUGUAAGUUGAAACCCAAAUAAUCAAGAGAACCACAAUUCACAAAGACUGUCACUUUUAUUUCACUUUUUUUUUGAGAUUAUUGAGGCAUAUUUCUGCCUUUUUGGUUGUGAGUUAUUUUGCAAUACCCUGGUACCAUAAAAGGUGCUAUGUAGAUGCCAGCAUUUUAUUUCUUUGUUUGUAUUUUAACCCCUUUGCUAUGUGACUGCUGCAAUGAUCUUUUCCCAAACAGCCAAGUUUUUGUGGCCUCCUAGCCAGUAUUCCUUACUCAUCCAAGUUAGUGGUCAUGUUUGUCUGGAUGAUAGAUACUUAAAAAGCCCUUUGUGAGAUCUUAAAUUCAUUUGAAUUUUUUGAAGUGAGAAUAAGAAAGGGCUCUUCUAUCUGACUUCUAGACAAACAGAGCAAGCUUUCUUGGAUGAUAUAUUGUGAAAAUGUUAAAAGAAAUUUAGUGGCGCUCAAAC